AUGACCAACGGUAACCGCUGUCCUCUGCGGCUUCUUGACCCGGUUCUAGCCAAACGCAAACGCGAGAUCAAGGAGGACGAAGAGACAGAGAAAAGCGAGACAGACAUGGAGUACGACCGGCACAAUGAGAGGACGGAUGGCACCGUGACAGUGUCCAAUACUACAGCGCAGAGCAACUAUGGCGAGGAGAACGACUGUGACGAGAAGUGCGACUGUGACGAGGAGGAUGACACUAGUGAUGAGGAGUAUGACAGUGAUGAGGAGAAUGGCAGUGACGCAGCGAUUGACGCGAGCAAGACCGACGACUCCCGCAAGGGGGCCGACUCGCACACACGGGAUGUCUCUAAGAGGGGGGGCUGCGAAAAGGACGACAGUCCCGUUCAGAGAAACUCGCUCGAGGCUACUGGCGCCGUCCCAAGGAUAGACCCUGCCGACGCAAACAACCGGCAGGCUAGCGCCCGCGGCGUUUCGCGCAAGACUAUCCUGACCCUCCACGACCGACUGCUAGCGGAUGCGCGUCGCAUGCUGGAUCAGCCUGACCAUCGCCUGUGGGAGGCUAGUGAGGUGGUGUACACGGCCGCUGAAGCCCUCCGGGGCCUCCAAGCUCACGUCAAUCUCGAGGACAGCCUCACCGUGUACGAUAGUCUGCUUACGCGCGCGCGCAACAUGAUCGAGCUUCACCCCUACGCCAGCAAUGCUCUCUAUACCGCGGGAAAGGGUGUCCGUGAUGUACUCAGUGCAAGCCCCGAAUUCCAAUGCCCGCGAGACACUUAG